GCGAAGAAAAAUGGUGUUCAUUGGAAUUGUAGUCACAGUCUUGCAGAAAACAGUUGCCUAUAUAAGCCAAUUUCAAGAUGAUGUGAUACCAAUGACAAUCAAAGGACAUCAAAAUUGCAUCAUCUUUUUAAAAAAGUUAAAGUAUUUAAAAGAUGGUGCUGAUUCCUCAUAGGUCAAAACAUCAGUUGAGCAUGGGGCAGAGCACCCCCCCCCCCCCCCACACACACAAUAAAAUUUUGGGUAGGUUUAAUUUAGGACAAACCCAUGUAAAAUAUGUAGCCAUAAAAAUAGCCACAGAAUGUGCAUUUCUCCUGAGUGGAGGUGGUCUACCCAAACUUGCAAGGUGCCAUUGCCUGUGUUGAAAGCAUUGUGCUUGGCAUUGCUUAGAUAGCUGUUGGAUGUUUGUCUCUGUGGUUAUUGCUUUGCAAUAAUAGUUUUGUAACAUUUUAGUUAAUGAGGCUCAGCAGUACAGUGUGCAGGUGACAAAAGCACUGCAAGUAAUUAUUCUCACAUCUUUGAUUUUAUGGUUUAUGCCUCAAUCAUGACCAAAAUAACAGCAAGCUUCUCCCUCCUUGAAAGAUAUCAAAACAUAGCAGAGUGGAAAAAGUUGAAUCCGAAAUUGUUAUCAGACUACAGAACCAUAUGCAUACAUAACCCACCAUGGCUGAAGGAGGAAACAUAGACCCAGCAUCCAGUUCUAGGAGGUUAAACUUGUCUAAUGAAGACCUGGACAAGAUAGAGUGUGCCUCCCCAACAGAGGAAGACACCUCACCAAUAGACCAUCAGGCUUCUGACGGAGAUCUGGAAGAAAUGGAGAAAAUUCGGCAAUUUUUUGCUCAGAAACUUAACCUGGGAUCUGCCUCGAAUGAAUCUCUCAAGGUCCUGGAGACGGUGGACUUUGACGGCGUCAUGAAGUACAUCCGGGACGGCUGCUGCAAGAGCGUGGUGACCAUGGCGGGCGCCGGCAUGUCGACCUCGGCCGGCAUUCCGGACUUCCGCUCGCCCGGCAGCGGCCUGUACGACAACCUGGGCAAGUACGACCUGCCGCGGCCGGAGGCCGUGUUCGACAUCAGCUUCUUCGAGAAGAAUCCGCAGCCUUUCUUCGACCUGGCCAGACAGCUGUACCCGAGCGAGCUGAAGCCCACCAUAUGCCACAGAUUCAUCCGGCUGCUGGAGCAGAAGGGUCUGCUGCUGCGCCACUACACGCAGAACAUCGACACGCUGGAGCGGGCGGCCGGCGUGAGCGACGAGCGCAUCGUGGAGGCACAUGGCACCUUCCACACGUCCCACUGCACCGGCUGCCGCCAGCGCUACGACCAGCAGUGGAUGAAGGACCAGAUAUUCUCUGAGGACGUGCCGAAGUGCGAGUCGUGCGGCGCCGUGGUCAAGCCAGACAUCGUGUUCUUCGGGGAGAACCUGCCGUCUCGCUUCUUCAGGCUGGUGCAGGACGACCUCAAGAAGUGCGACCUGCUCAUCAUAUUCGGCACCUCGCUGGCGGUGCAGCCGUUCGCCUCCCUCGUCGACCGCGUGCCCGACACCUGCCCCCGCCUGCUGGUCAACAAGGAGAAGUGUGGCCGGCCCAACCUGCUCAUGCGGAUGAUGGGCCAGUCGGGUCUGGAGUUUGACAGCAGCAGCAACUACCGGGACGUGGCUUGGCUGGGCACCUGUGACGACGGUGCUGUCGCCAUGGCUGCCGCUCUCGGCUGGCAGGAGGAGCUGCGCCGCCUGCAGGGCGAGGACGGCGCGCGGCCGGAAGAGGCCGCCUGAGCCGACGCGUCGGCCGCGCCGCCGCCGUCGCAGCGCGCGCGGCGCCAGCGGACUGCUCAGCUGGUGUGCCGCACGGAAUUUGAGAUGAAGCUUUACGCACCCGCGCGAGGGGCUGGUGGCUGUGUUGAGGGGCUUCGAGGCGUCGAGUGAGACGCGCGGACGAAGGUUUGAAAGUAUUGUGUUUUGUGCGGAUUAUUGUGCAAGGGCUUGCCAGGUAGAUGCUGUUUUAUGUUAACCAGUCCCGACGCGUGUUAUAAUUUUGAACACGCGUGCACAUGUGUUGGAUGGAAUUUCUGCAGCAAAUGUGAACUGAUCGGUCUGUGCAUGUCACAUGUCCUAUACUAAAAUAUAUCGGUGGUAUUGCAA